AACCAUAAACAUUGCCUUGUAUUUUCACUAUUUUUUCUGUCAGUGUCAGUACAGUCAUUAAGUUCUUAAGAAGACAAGAAGAGAGGAAUAAUGGGAGGAAGACUCUCCAGAAGGGUAGAAGUGUUCUCUCCAGAGGUGAACAGUAAUCACCCGUACACCUACCCGCCCAGAGAAGGUCAGCAGUAUUUCUCGAAUCACUAUCAUUUGGGAUCAAGGAAGUUUGAGACAGGUGAUCCUGAGCAUUUCUUGUUCAGUGAUCUCAGUGAUGUCAACUACAUGACGAGCCCACCAGGAGCUUUUCCUUACAAGCAGCCAGCUAGAAAGAAACCAGUCGAGUGUCUUUCCUCUUUUCUAAACCUUCACAAAGAAUCAGUGAAGCUAGUUAGACCAGAAGGUGACUCCUCUCAAUACACAAUAGAGUUUCUUUUUGAUUCUGACGUCCCAUGCCAGAUCAGUAUAUUUUUCUCAUUGCUGGACGUAUCGACAAUGGAAGGAUUGAGGCAUGGUCAGACGACUAGUGCCGUCACGAAAGUAUCUCAGAGUUACGUGUACGAUAAAGGACUCGAGCAAAAUUUUAGCCAAUUGUCUUUUGUUUUCAAUCCAUCAAGGUGGAUGGAAGAGAAACUAACGUAUAAUCCGGAAGAAGGACAGAAUCUUUUCCCAGUGUCUAUUUUACUGGAGACACAAUCAACAUCAGAUUCAGAUUACCAGUCCCUCCUUACUCUUUGUAAGCUGGACAGGUCUGCCUCAAAUCCCGACUCAUUCACCAUCAAAGUACUGAAACAGAAAGUACUCAUCGACUCAAUGGAAUAUUUGCUACAUGACAUAUUCGGACUAGAGAAUAAAGCUGUGCCUAAGAACGCUGAGGAUGAAGAUAGCGAUGAUGAUGAUUCUGAUGAUGAUGAUAUAGAGUUUGGUGCUGAGUGUGUUAUAUGUUAUACUGACGUACGUGAUACAAUACUUCUCCCAUGCCGUCACUUCUGUAUAUGCUCAUCUUGUGCUGGUGAUUUGAGGUAUCAGGCAAGUAACUGUCCAAUUUGUCGUUCACCAUUUCAAGCGUUGCUUCAAAUACAAGCUUUACAGGAACUACCUCCUGAUAAUAAACCUGAUGACGACGAAAUAACUGAUAAUCCUGAAUUGUAUUCAGUUCCUGGGUACAUGACAGUGUCACUGAUGCAAGCUGUUAAUGGCUAUCCUCGUAUUAAACGGAACAAAGACCACAGCACAGCCACAGAUGUUCCUUUGAGCACAGGAGAUGAGGAUGAGGAGGAAGAAGAUGACAUGAAUACAAGAGAGGGUGCUUCACUACCAAUUGGCCUAACAGAUACAGUGAUUAUACUGGAAGAGAAUGGGAUAAGCCUUGAUACACACAGCCCCACAGGAGAAAAGGGAGUGGAAGCUAUGCCAAAGGAAGAGACAGGCAAUGAUGAAGAAGGAGAAGUUGAAGGGACCUUUGAAACUGUCAUUGAAAUGAACGGUGAGACUAAAGGAUUGAGAAUCACUGCAUCAAUAGAAGAUGACUCCAAUCCUAACACUCCGGACCAAUCUCUGAAAAGGAAUUCCUCUAAUUCAACAAGUCGCAGUGGAGGGAGCUCGUCACAGAAUAGCAUGGACUCCUUCAGCUCUCAUGAUGUACUGAUAUCACCAGAUAAGUAACUGCAUGGACUCUGUCUAACGUGUAUCAUUGUUAUUAUUAUUAUUAUUAUUAUUAAUGUCAUUCGCUCAUUUUAAUCUUCUUGCUUGCUUGUAAUUAGUAUUAUUAUUAUACUAUUUUUGAUUUUGCAUAUUAAUUUUUUAAGAAUGUCUAAUUUCAAUCAU